AAAUGUGAGUAUACCCCAUAGUGAAAAUGUCUAAAGAAAAAUCACAUAAAAAGCUGUAAGAAUAUAUUUACAAUAUCUGAAGUGAUCUCAUGUUAAUGAGAUACUGUACUUGCCCAGCGAUUGACAGGCAACCAGUUCGCGGUAUCGUCUGCCUUUCACACUCGUGGAACAGGCUCCGGUCCUAUGCGACCCUCAACAGGGUAAACAAUGUAGAAAAUGGAUGGACAGAUACAGUGGAUGACGUCCAUCGAUAAAUGAUUCAACAAUAAGAAGGUAACAGGUGAGGGAGGCUGCCAAAGGGCUUGAAGUGACAUUGAAGAGCUGCACAUUCCAAAUGCUUCAGUUUGUUUGGCACAAGAGUAACAGCACAUCACCUAAACAACACCAUACCCAAGGUGAAGGUCAGAAUCACUGUGAGGGGUUUCAGUCAAUGUGAUCAAUAGUGGAGUGAAACGUCUUCAGUCCAAAAUCCCUCGAGUUGUACAAAUUCCAUUUUUGAAACAACUUCAGCAUGAUUGGUGUUGGUUUAGCCGGCGUCUCCAAACCAAUUUAACAGAGGCUGGUUAACUUUUUGAAUCCACUGUAUCAUGUUAUGACAAAUGAUAAAAAAAAGAACAUUUUAGAACAAGUUCAGUCCCUGUAACCGAAUGCUGAAUCAUCUGAUAGGAGAAUCAGAUGAGAUUUGAAAACAAAUGUGCAAAGGAAUGGAGGAAGGCCAUCUCUCUGUGUGCUGCGGUCCACUCCUCCAGUCAGACUAUAAUACUCAACGUGCGCUCAAGUCACUCUGCACAGGCAGGAUGAACUCCUUACGUCCUUUAGGGAGACCACUGCCAUUGAAGGUGUUGUGCAUGUUCUGCUCGACCAUGUGCCUGGUCAGCGGGCCUCUUUGCUGCGAGGGAGCCAAGCUUCGUUGCGGCUCAGAACUCCUCAAUGACCUCCUGUUUGUGUGUGGUGAUCGUGGACUCUACUUAGGGAAAGGUACAUGGUCUGGUUAUGGUUCUCGGCCCAGAGGGAAGGGGAUUGUGGACAAAUGCUGCCGCUCAAAUGGCUGUGACCUGCAUCAUUUGGAGAUGUAUUGUGCUAAGGCAAAGAAGCAACAGCCAACUACAGCAUGGCCAAGUACAAGUACAAGUAUUGAAAGCCUGACCACACAACAAACGCAAGUGGCCUAUCAGUUCCAAGCAGUUUUUCAGAAAAGACUUUUGCAGCACCUGGGGCCACCUGAUAGUCCAGAGCGGCAGACCUAUAGGAACAAAAUAAAAGCCUCAUCACGCAGGAAGAUGACCCGACAGCACAUGACGACAAGGGAGGCUCCCUUGAUGGCCACGACAAGGACAGACAUCCUUUUAACCGGCUGACCUCUUCUGUCACCAUUUGAGUGAGUCUGUCUCAUGGACUCUCCUUGUAGGACUGGCCUGACUCUCACCAUCGGGUGGUUUAUGUCAUGUAACUGUUUUGCUCUUUGGGAAAAUGCUGCUGUUAGUUUCAUACUUUGCAUACAGUACUUCGGUUAAGUUCGUCGUAGUUACAUCGACGUACGUCACCGUUGCAGUAAACCACACGGGUGACUUCAAACCUGCAUGCUCAGGUUGCUUUACGAUCAAAGAUAUUCCGCUCAUUCCGGUUGAAAACUUUCCAUGGGAAUGAAUGAGAAUUUGGUGGAACUGAGGGAAAUUUGUGGAAAUAAAAGGGAAAAAAGCAGGAAUUUACAAUAUUGAGGCUGACUUAAAAUAGGGAAGAUAAUCAUUGAAGGGGAAAAGUUUGAAUCAAAUCCUGACGAAAAGAGAUUACAACACAUUAAUCCAGUUCAAAUGGCUUUAUACUGGCUCCCAAUCAGCUGUAGAAUAGAUUUUAAAAUUCGGCUAUUGGUAUAUAAAUCACUGAACGAUUUGUGUCCUAAAUACUCGAAAGAAAUGCUAAUUGAGGAUAAACUCAGUCGGGCUCUGAGGU